AUGGAACCUGAGGCAGCAGAUCAGAAAAUGCAGGAUUUUAAGAUACAGAUUAACCUGGCUGAGAGAAAGCAGCAGAAACCCUUCUCUGAGAAGGCAGCAAAGAGAGAUUUUAAGAUGAUUAUUAUCUCAGAUAAGAAGAAGAAGAAGAAGAAGAAGAAGAAGAAGAAGAAGAAGAAUAAGAAGUGA